UUCAAACCGGAAGUCGACCGACGAGCGUUUCUACCAUAUUCUCUCCGUUUAGCUCGUUCCCUCCCGAGAGAAACGAUGUUGUCGAUAUUCAAGUCCAUUCCCUCGCACAUGGAUUAUAAAGGCCAGAAACUGGCUGAGCAGAUCUUCCAAGGAAUAAUCCUCAUCUCAGCGGUGAUCGGCUUCGUGUACGGUCUGGUCAUCGAGCAGUUUGGCUGGACCGUGUACAUCGUCCUGGCCGGCUUCGUGAUCUCCUGUGUGCUGACGCUGCCGCCGUGGCCCAUGUACCGGCAGAACCCUCUGAGCUGGCAGCCCGCGGUGCCGGAGAGCGGCGGGGAGGCGGUCCAGAAACCUCAGGAGAGUCUCAAGAAGAAGAAACACAAAUAACCGCCGUCUGCUGGUUUCAGUGCGGUGAAGACGGCCAAAUAAACUUCUGAUCUGUUUCAUUUUUA